UACACGAAGGCGAGCUAGCCAGACUGUGAGCUAGCUUGAUAAAGGCAAGCCACCAUGCCGUCCUACUCCGAAGUGAGAAAAACCAACCAUUUCUACUACUUCAUCAAGUUCACACUAAAUGUCUACUCAAUGCUUUUCUCGCUCAUGGGUCUCUGCGUGUUGUGUGUGGGAGUGUACGCGGAAGUUGAAAGGCAGAAGAAUCGCACCCUGGAGGGUCUUUUCCUGGCUCCUGCCGUGGUGCUCAUCCUGCUCGGCCUGGUGAUGUUCACUGUGUCCGUAGUGGGAAUGGUUGGAUCCCUCAGGGACAACAAGACCCUGCUGCAUAUGUUCCUCUGUGUGCUGUGUGUGCUGCUGCUCCUCCAGGCAAUCACACUCGCCAUGGCUCUCAUCUUUGAAAAGAAGACGGUGGCGUUGUUUCAGAGCACUAUAAGGGAAGGAAUUAAACACUACUACGAUGAUCUUGACUUCAAAAACAUCUUGGACUAUGUCCAGCUGAAGUUUUCCUGUUGUGGAGGGGAUGAAUAUAAGGACUGGGGAGUCAAUCAGUACCAUUUCUGCAAUGGUACUGGUCCACUAGCCUGUGGCGUUCCAUACACCUGUUGUGUUCAGCGCAAGCUGGGAGAAGUCAUUAACACCUUUUGUGGCUACAACACUCUGAAUGAACAGCGUGAAACCCUGCAGGAGGUGAUCCAUGUGCGCGGCUGCAUCCAUGCGGUCAACCUCUGGAUGAGUGACAACAUUGGAAUAACCAUUGCCCUCUGCUGUGCCAUCGGGCUGCCACAGCUGCUGGGCAUCGUGCUAAGCUGCGUCUUCUGGAACCUGCUGGUGGACAUGAGCGAGUCGGCCGACAUGGUGGACUUCAAGCUGAAGAAGAAGGAGUUCGACUACAGCGAGCUGGACCUGGCCGGCGCCGGCUGGUGCCUAUGCCUGCCGAGGGACGGCGGCUACCUGCCCGUCCCCGCCGCCGAGCCCGAGCUCGACCCCAUCGACGUUCACCUGGAGAAGCUGAAGAAGCAGCCGCCGCGCACUCACUCCCAGCUCAGAGAACUGCAGCAGUCCAGGUCAGCCAGCGGCCUGGACGAGGUAGACGCGGGGCGCAAGCAGAAAAGGGACCACUGAGCCGCUCUCGUCCGAACUCUUUUGCCUUUUGGGUUUUUGCCUUCUUUUCUUUUCGUCGGUGUAAUUGAUCACAUUUGUUUAGGGUGUGUCCAAGUUGAACGUAAGUCAUCGGGUCAAGAGGAAUUGGAUCAGCUAAAGUGUUCAGAAGUACUUUUUGCACUUUGAAUUUGUUUACAGCAAAUAUGAAACGGACAAUUCCUUUUUAAAAGGGACAUUUCUUUUGUUUAUAUCAGUCACUUCACGGUUUUUUUUUAAGCAUUGACUGAGCAAUGUCUCUCGUGCUAAAGCUUACCUCAGGCUAUUUUGAAAGUAGCCCAGGAGUCAGAGGACGAAACCGUUUUGGUUGUGUAAAUUAAUUAAUGGUUGCUUUUCAUUGUGUGAGGAUAGGACUAGUCAGGUGUGUCCCGCGUGUAGCGUCUGUGACGGAUUUUUACAGUUUGUGUAAUGUUUUUUUUAUGAUUUUAAUUUGAUUUUGUGCAAUCACUGUACAUUGUAAGACUGAUAUUUGUGAAAUAACAUGGGAUGCAUGUUUUGUACUAAUUAUGAAGUCGUUUUAAAGAAAAGAAGCUCUGUAAAGGAGGCUUUUCCAUUUUAAUAAUAAUAAUAAUAAUGUUUUUAUUCCAUCUAUCUUUAAAGGAAUUCCUCAAGAUAUAAUCCACUACAAACCCAGUCCCAGAAUAAACGGACAGUUUUUGUAUGAGUUGCAUUAUUUUGAGCUUCCUCCCAGCUCCUGCCUUGUAUAAACACAACUGUUCAUGUCAAUAAAGCUGAAUUUGUCUACUGA